AUGGGGGAGACUCAGGCCGGGGUGGUUUGGAAGCAGUGCGACAGGGAGAGGAGUCAUAGUUGUGCAAAUCAGUGGUGGGCUAUCGGAGCGAAGUCGUCGACGACAAAGGAUUACAAGAUGGACGAUAAUCGUGAUGGACAUGUUUAUUUGUCGCAGGAGAACAAGAUUUUAUUUUGUCAUUUCUGCAAGACGAAGUUUGUAGGUGCUAUAAACAAUAGACUAAGUGUGCAACAGAAGAACUAUAUUCAAGGCACUCCAUUUUGGUGGUUUCCCAUGGUAACCGAUUCGGUGAAGAUUAGUAGGAAACUUUUGAGUCUGUUAUGUUACAACUGGGUUGAGAGAAGGGGAGGUUUUCGUAUUGGUGGGCAAGUCGUAGAAUUUAAUCUAUUAGAUGUUUGUUUGGGGUUAGGUUUGAGGGUUUUGGGUGAAAGAAUUGAUUUAAAUGAGACCAUUUCUGAUAGUGACACUUUGAAUCUUUUUGGUGGUCAAACAGUUACUGUGGAGUUGAUAUACCACUAUCUUUUGAAAUACGAUUAUGAUGUUGGUGGUGUGGAAGUCUUUUGCAGGAUUUACAUUUUGUUAGGGAUAUCAGAGUUCUUGUUGCCCAAUAAAAAGGGUAUUGUUUUCCCCAUAAUUUUUAAGCUAGUUGAUGAUAUUGACAACAUCGGCAAAUAUAAUUGGGGAACAUUAGUGUAUGAGUAUUUGGUUAGUAGCUUGUGCAUUGCUUCAUUGGGAUUGAAGAACGAGUCAGCCGCAAAGCAUUUUGAUGUUGUGGGCUGUGUUUAUUUGCUUCAGUUAUGGUCAUUUGAUCAUUUACUUGUGUGCAACACAAAGUUGACAUGUCGGAUGAACAAGUUUCCUCGACUUUUGCAUUGGAUGAAUGUCAAAGUUGGUGACAAAGUGAUAAUGAGAUCAUUUGACAAUAAAAUGUGUGUUGUUGAUGUGUCGGUGUCAGAUGAAGAACUUCGUCACGAUGUGGUUAAAGAAGCAUUUAAACAAUUUGGCAAUGCGUACAGAAAUGAAGAAAAAAAGGAGAAGGAAGAGGUUCUUCGUCUCCUGGAGUACGAAGAAGGUGAGAUAGCUAGUAUGGAACAUUCAAUUUCUGAAUUAGAAGAAAUGGUUGCAAAAGUUGAGGGUGAGGUUGGAAAUGAAGACUCCCCAAAUGAUGGUUGUGCUGAUGAUGUGUUUGAUGAUGACGAUGAUGAAGACGACGAAAUUUGUGAUGACCCUCCUGUUAAGCCGCAUGUGGAUGAAGAAGUUGUUGUAAACGAUGACGGUGGUCAACAUAGCAACAUGUAUGACCGUAUGAAGGCCCAACCACGAAGGCGGUUCAAGAGUGUUGCGACAAGAACACCUUUUUCUGUUUACGGGAAUAAGAAAAAUGCGAAACGAAAAUGA